GUGGUGAGAGAUGUGGCUGAUAAUUGUGUCACCGUUUGCAACAUGGAGAACUUCGACCCACUGGGCAUUCACACAGGUGACUCCAUAGUGGUGGCACCGAGCCAGACAUUGUCCAACGAGGAGUACCACAUGCUCCGUGAGACGGCCAUCAAAGUGGUUCGUCACCUUGGCAUUAUAGGCGAAUGCAACAUCCAGUAUGCCCUACACCCGUCCUCCCUGGAGUAUUGUAUAAUUGAGGUCAAUGCCCGGCUCUCCAGAAGCUCCGCUCUGGCAUCCAAAGCCACUGGGUAUCCCUUGGCUUUUGUCGCCGCUAAGCUGGCUCUGGGUAUCCCCCUGCCCGAGAUCAAGAACGCCGUAUCGGAGAAGACCACAGCCUGCUUCGAGCCCAGUCUCGACUACAUUGUCACCAAGAUCCCCCGCUGGGACCUGGACCGCUUCCAUGGCAUGUCCCAUGAAAUAGGCAGUGCCAUGAAGAGUGUCGGAGAGGUGAUGGCAGUGGGCCGGACCUUCGAGGAGAGUAUGCAAAAGGCCCUGAGGAUGUGUCAUCCAUCAGUGGAUGGCUUCAUGCCCCGGCUGCCACUCAAGAAAGCAUGGGCCGACACCCAGGACCUGCAACAGGAGCUGGCUGUGCCCUCCAUCACCCGCAUCUUCUCCCUCGCCAAGUCCCUCCACAGUGGCAUGAGUGUUGAUCAGAUCCACCAGCUGACAUCCAUAGACAAGUGGUUCCUCCACAAACUGCGCAGGAUAACACAGCUGGAGAAGCACCUGGCUAACUACAACAGUGGCACAGUUCCUAAGGAGCUGCUGCUGAAGGCCAAGCAGGACGGAUUCUCAGACCUACAGGUCGGUCAGAUUCUGGGCUCCAGUGAGAAAGAAGCCAGAGAGCUGAGGCACAGUCACGGCAUCAGACCCUGGGUCAAACAGAUUGACACCUUGGCAGCAGAGUAUCCGGCCAUGACCAACUACCUGUAUUGUACCUAUCAUGGUGGAGAGCAUGAUCUGGACUUUAACGACCAGGGAAUUAUGGUUCUUGGUUGUGGUCCUUACCACAUUGGGAGCAGUGUAGAGUUUGACUGGUGCGCGGUGUCAAGCAUCAGAGCUUUGAGGCAGAUGGGAAAGAAGACGGUGGUGGUCAACCACAACCCCGAGACGGUCAGCACUGACUUUGACGAGUGUGACCGCCUUUACUUUGAGGAGUUGACCCUGGAACGCAUUCUGGACAUCACCCAACAGGAGGGUUGCUCUGGCAGCAUUGUGUCAGUUGGAGGCCAGAUCCCCAACAACCUGGCUGCCCCGUUGCACCUGAAUGGUGUGAAGAUUCUGGGGACGAGCCCCCUGCAGAUCGACCGGGCAGAGGAACGCUCCGUCUUCUCCAACAUACUGGAUGACCUCGGGGUGGCCCAAGCCCCAUGGAGGGCCCUUAGCUCCCUGGAAGAUGCGUUUACCUUCGCCAACCAGGUGGGCUAUCCCUGUCUGCUGCGCCCCUCCUAUGUACUCAGGUAUGUGGUUUUAUUAUUAUUUUUUUUUACACCAGCCAACAUACACUGAAGUUGCAG